AUGGAAACUCCUGAACGAAAAGAGGAAGUGAAUAAUUUAAGUAUAAAAUGCGGUGGCGGGGGUAAUACAAGAGCAAAACUUUGGCAAGACGCGUCUGCUAUAUCUUUUAAUGACAAUUUUAAAUAUUCUGCUGAACAAUGUGCAAAUAAAUGGAAAAACAUUAAAAAGAAUUACAAGUCGGAAGUAGAAGAAAUACUUGAUGGGAAUCGUCCAAGUUUAACUCCAAAAGUGUUAGAUAGUAGUUUGAAUAUUGGCGACCUUGAUAAUCUUUUUUAUGAAAUUACAGG